AUGAUCAUGUUGGGACGUUUAGGAGCAUCAAGACUGUUAGCAAGAUCUAGUUUCAUUAGUGCUAGAUGGUAUGCGGCUUUAAAUGCUAAUGAAGCCCUAGUUAAGCCCGCCAGAAUAGUGAAUUUUCUACCAGGGAAGCAGUUUGAAAUAUCACAGAGAGCUGCUGAUAGAUUAAAUGCUAUCUAUAAGGAGAGUAAAGAGGUUUUGAGGAUAAAAGUGGAGAGUGGUGGUUGCCAUGGAUUUCAGUACAAUCUGAAUCUAAUACCGGACUCACAGGUACAACGAUCUAUACAGGAGCUGGAAAAUAAUAAUAAAGCCCAAAAGGAAGGCGAAGAAGAGGAUGAAGAGGAUGAAGAUUUCGAUGAAGAUUUUGAGAGCAAUAAAGACGUAAUUUUCGUCUUACCUGGGAUUGGUGCCAAAGUAGUACUCGAUGAAAGUACACUUAAUGUUCUAAACAAAACGACUCUGACGUAUACUACUGAGUUGAUUGGGUCCACUUUUAAAAUAGCAGGGGGUAAUAUGAAGAGUAGCUGUGGGUGUGGCAGUAGUUUCGAUGUCGAGGCAAACCAAUAA